AUGUGGGGCGCCGGCUACCUCGAGGGCCGCGUCACCGCCGCCAUGGUCUGGGAGAACUGGUACAACCUGCUCCAGUCCUCGUUCGGCGGGUCGGUGCCGGCCGCGCUCCAGGGCUGGUUCAAGGCCAACCUGGCCUGGAUGGACGACCAGGUGCGGCGCUACGCCGCCACGCAGCCCUACUGGCGCCACGUCGAGCUGCUCCUGCUCCAGCUGCGCGGCAUCCACCAGGGCUACCAGGAGUCGGCCUUCGUUGCCAACAGCACCGCACGCGCGCUGCCCUUCGACGCCUUCAUCCUCCUCAACAGCGACGGCGACAUGGAGGAGCUCUGCGUCGUGGCCAACUGCCCGAGCAUUCCAGGGCUGGCGCAGCGGAUCAAGAAGCCGCCGAUUCAGAACACCCACUGCUCGGCCUACGUGCGCGUCACUCCCGACCUCCAGGAGCUCUACGCCGGACACACGACGUGGGCCGACUACUACAACAUGGUGCGGGUGUUCAAGCACUACGACUUCCCGCUGCGCGCGGCGCAGACGACGGCCCGCACGACGCUCUUCUCGAGCUACCCGGCCUUCGUGUCGUCGGUGGACGACUUCUACCAGCUGUCGAGCGGGCUCGUGGUGAUCGAGACCACCAACGGCAUCACCAACGAGGCCCUCUUCAAGUACAUCAAGCCACAGUCCGUCAUGAGCUGGAUCCGCGUCUCCGUGGCGAACAGGAUGGCGGGGUCAGGCGAGGAGUGGAUCGACAUCUUCAAGCAGUACAACUCGGGGACCUACAACAACCAGUGGAUCAUCGUCAACUACGCCCGCUUCACCCCGGGCGAGCCCCUGCCCGACGGCGUACUCCACGUCGUCGAACAGAUCCCCACUCGCGUCGAAUUCGAAGACGUCACGCACUACCUCCGCCUCGGGUACUGGCCGAGCUACAACAUUCCCUAUUUCGAGAGCAUCUUCAACGAGUCGGGCUUCAUCGAACUGGAGCGCACCUACGGAGAUUGGUUCAACUACCAGAUGCACCCGCGCGCGUACAUCUUCCGCCGGGACGCGGUCAAGGUGAACGAUCUGGCGGCCGCCCGCAACCUCCUCCGCUACAACGACUGGCAGAACGACCCCGCCGCCUACGGCAACCCGGGCAACCAGAUCUCGUCGCGCUUCGACCUGGUGCCCAAGGGCGACAACCCGCCCAACCCCAACCUGGUCCGCGCUGCGUUCGGCGGUAUCGAUUCCAAGAUCACCUCCAAGGCUCUGGUGAGGCUCGGUCGUUGCCAGGCGCAGAGCGGUCCGUCGCACGACCAGCAGCCGCCCUUCGAGUGGAACGACGCCGACUGGCCCCACAUCGCCCACAUCGGUCAGCCCAAGCUGUGGAACUUUGGCUGGUUCGAGAUGCCCUCCGGCCGCCCCGUCAACUAA